AUGAAAGACCUAGGAGGAGCUAAGCCUGUAGGAACACCAUUAGAGCAGAACAAGAAGCUUACAUCAGUGAAGUAUGAUGAACACAUUUCACCUGAGAGCAGUGCUGAUGAUCAGAUACUACAGCAGCCUAAAAGAUAUCAAAGACUUAUGGGAAGACUCUUGUACCUCACCAUGACCAGACCUGAUAUAGCCUUCCCAGUCCAGGUACUGAGCCAGUACAUGCACAAUCCUAAAGAGUCACACAUGGAAUCAGCACUUAGAGUUAUCAGAUAUCUCAAGAAAGCUCCAGGUCUGGGAUUAUUAAUGCCAUCUGAAAAUACAAAUGCACUUACUUCCUACUGUGACUCAGACUGGGGAUCUUGUCUUGAAACAAGGAGGUCAGUCACCGGAUAUCUGGUGAAGUUUGGCGGAGCACUGAUCUCUUGGAAAUCAAAGAAAUAA